AUGAGUCCUCCAAACCUUCCAGGCUUCUACUGGGAUCCGGAAAAGAAAAAGUACUUCAAGAUUGAAGCCAACCAUGCUGCUUCUUCAAGUUCAUCCUACUCCACCGACAGAGUGAAGAGAAAACGUGAUGAUGAAGAGAAAGCUGUCGAGCGUAAGAUUUUUGAUCAACGCGUCGCCAAUGAGAGGAUUCGCAGAAGUAGCCUCGUGUCUCACCCUUUCACAACUGCUCAACGUGAACUGGGAAUCCAACAGCCCAAUCAAACUGUCACACAAGGUCAGAUAUGUCAGACUUAUUUGCACGGAUUAGAAAAGAAACAUCUCUACACAUUUGAUAGACCCUGGAAGAAGGAAUAUCAUGUUGGGCAAAUUGUGCGAAUUCCUGAGACCGGAACUCUGAUUACUGCUGGAAACCGUGGAAUGGAUUGUACAAUGUCGUUUGUCAAUCCAACUUCCUUUGAGAACAACCAAUUGGAAUACAACCGGGCAAGAGCGAAUGUCCAUUUCACGAGACGAUCCAGAGUCACAUCACUCUCUUUGAGCCAUACAGGGUUCAUGCUAUUGACUAUGGACUGUGGUUCCCAUGGAGAAUCAACCCUGAAGCCAUUCACGCCCCCUCAUUCCGCUAGUAUCGCGAAUCCGCCCGAACACUUUUACGAUCAAGACAUCCCAUGCGGCACAGAUAUGCUUUGCUCUGCAGCGUGCCCAGAGGGCAGCGUACCUAUUUUUGCACUCGGUACGUCAAAGGGUCUAUGUGUCAUGCGCGGGGAUGAGAGCGGCUGGUCUUUUACUUGGCCCCAUAAGCCGCCUCGGCAUUUGAGGCAAUCCUCCUAUGCCAACAUGCACACCACGGUCCCCUCAGUGGACUGGCUCUCGGGCAGUGUUGUUUUAGGAGGACGGCAAGAUUCAGCCGUCCUUGUUUACGAUACUCGCGCUCGGGAUACUGUCACGCGGUUCCAGCACCCGGAACCCGUGACCAAGGUUCGCAAGGUGGAUGCCAACAGGGUGGUAGUGAUGGGACAGCGCGCGAUGAACAUGUACGACAUGCGCUUCCCCAUCAAUGGAGUUCAGGGGACACCCAACCCCAUUGACGGGCCCCAACCAUACGUCGACGCGCGCCUUGGUCUCCUGGUGAACGCAACCGCCGGUGGCCAAGUGAGGAUGUACUCGCUCACCUCGGGCAAGGUCGUGUACUCACUUGACGCCCAUGAUGCCAAGGAGGACUGCCUCGGUGUUGUGGGCUUCGAGCAGAGUACCGACCAGGGUGUCCGGGCGGGCGAGGCUCCUGCACUGUUGUUUGGCCACGGCUCCCACGUGAGCCAGUUGGCGUGGUAG